AACUCUCAGCAGCAUGCUGGGGGUCAGCCUGUAGUGGUUUUUUUCUCUGCUUGUCCAGCCAGAGAAGAGUGCGACAAUUUUAUAAAUCAUGCUAACGGCAGGGUUGCCCUUACUGGAUCAGCUUUUUUGGGAGAGGUUGGGUCAUUCAUGGGUUCAGUUGAUAUAGCUGAAUCUGAAGAUGCUUAUGUAUUCCGUGUUUCACUUCCUGGAGUUGAUAGGGAUGAAAAAGUCUUUCGCUGUGAUGUUGGACCAAAUGGGAGAAUUCUCAUAAGAGGGAUGAGCGUGACCGGAGAGAGGAAGGUUCGCAGGAAGAAUAUGGUCUCUAAGAUGCAAACUCAGAACUUAUGCCCACCGGGUGAAUUUACUGUUUCAUUCCAGCUACGAGGUCCAAUUGAUCAUCUAAACUUGUCUUGUAAUUUUGGACCUGACGGGAUUUUUGAAGGUGUUGCGAAGAAAUAA